AUGGCGCUCCAGCUCUUCUUUGCGACAGAGAAGUGCGCAACUGAGAAGGGGCCUGAGCUCCAAGAUGAGGGUGAUUCGAAGGACUCGGACACCUUUCGACCGCUGGGGAAAGGAUCCUUUUCCGAAGAGAUGUACAGAGAGCAGUCCUUUUGCUCUACUCAGACCGGAAGCUGGACCACCGCAAGCAGCAGUUCCGACAAUUUGUCUCGUUUCAGAGCCUCGAAUACCAGCCGGGACUACAAGCUCAAGAUGAUGGUGAAGACCUUCUUAGAGUCAAACGGCUUCAUGCAUAUCAACGAAGCCCAGCACGUAUGGGGUCGGACUCGCUACCCGUUGCAUGUGGCGGUCUCCCAGAACAAGCCUGCGAUUGUCAAAGCGCUGGUGCUCCUGGGCGCGCGGCGCAACGUGAAGACGCGGCGGGGCCUCACCCCGGAGGACCUUGCACGGCGCAGCGGCUUCGAAGAAGUCCUCAAUGUUUUGGAACAGGCGACGCUCCAGAAAGAGAGCACGCUUGAAAGCUCCCAGUCGCAGUCUCGUCGGACGUUACAAAUGUGA